AUGGAUUCCCCAGCAGUUGACCGUGACUGCAAGCGCAAUGGCAGCAGAUGUCAGACCCUCUACGCCUCACUCCUUGCGCCCAAUGUGGUCCCCGUAACCCCUCCCACACUUUGCUGGAGACAUUGCAAGAGAUGGCGACUGACUGAUGUCAGUGACGUUUUUGCAGUCAGUUUCCUUUCGAAAUUGUCUGGCUGUGCGCUUAUAAAUGUAGACACGUCAGAAUGCUUGCAAUAG